GAUGAGGAGAUUUCAAAAGAGAAAGCCUAGAGUGAAACCUUUCAUAGACAUUAUCAAUAAUCGGUAGGAUGGACAAUUUUAUAGAAAUCUUUUUGCAGCGGCAUUUUGGUUGAAUCAUCGAUUUCAAUAUGAUGCAAAUAUAAUGGAUAAACAUAUGAGCACCAUUUCUGGACUUCUAGAUGUUCUUGAGAAGUAUGCACAUGGAAAUCUACCAUUGCAAAGUAAGAUUACAAGUGAGAUGAAGUUUUUUAGGAAUGCUGAACAUGACUUUGGCCGAGCGUCCGCAAUAAAUAAUCGCACCCUUAUGCCUCCAGAUGAAUGGUGGAUGACAUAUGGAACCAGCGCUCCAAAUCUACAACAAUUGGCUAUACGAGUGUUAAGUCAAACUUGUAGUUCUUCGGGAUGUGAGAGAAAUUGGAGUAUGUUUGAACAUAUUCAUUCCAAGAAGAGAAAUAGAUUGGAGCACAAAAGGCUUAAUGACCUUGUUUACGUCCACUGCAAUCUAAGAUUGAAACUAAAGUAUUUUUCUUUUCUCUAA